AUGAUUUGGUACAUUGUAUGUACAACCUUUGUGUUAUUUUUCUGUAUACCUAGUGAAAAUAGACCAAGCGAAGUGCGUGUUAACAUAAAGCAAGGAACAGUUAUAGGAUCUUUUGAUUCCUACUAUAAGUUUUAUGGCAUUCCAUAUGCUGACUCCACAGCAGGCAUUAAUAGAUUUCAGCCUCCAAAAGCAUCUCCGCUAUUUAGAGACCCGUUUGUAGCAAACCGUCAAAAUAUCACAUGUCUGCGACCCACAAGAGAUGGUUACGAUGGAAUCGAAGAUUGCCUGUCAUUAAAUGUCGUCUCUCCAACAGUGGACCAUACUCGUAAAUUACCAGUAAUGGUUUGGAUCAAAGGACGAGAAAUUAAUAACUUUGACCCAGCGUUUAAAAAUAUUAUCGAUAGAGACGUAGUUGUCGUCACUCCUAAUUUCAGAGAAUCCAUUUUCGGAUUUUUAUGCUUAGGCACUUCGAAAGCUCCAGGUAAUGCUGGUCUCAAGGAUAUAAUUGCUGCAUUGAAGUGGAUACAACAAAACAUAGCAGCCUUUGGAGGAGAUCCACAUAACGUAACUAUUUUUGGGCAUGGUAGUGGAGCUUCACUAGUCGAUUUACUAACACUUUCUUUAAGUUCAAAGGGACUUUUCCACAAGGCUAUAGCACAAAGUGGUACUGCAAUGUCCCCCUGGGCAGUAACUAGAGAUAAUUUACAAAUUGCAAUCAAGGUUGCCGAAGCACUUGGUCAUAGUGUUGAAGAUGUACACAGAUUAUCAGAUAUAUUUACUCGAGUUAGGGCUUCUGCAUUAAUGGCGGUUAUUAAUGAACUAGAGUCUGAUAAUUUACUAGCUUUUGCACCUUGUAUCGAGAGAGUAAUCUCCGACGAUAAAGAACCGUUUUUAUUGAAAUCGCCUUAUCAAAUUUUAAAUUCUGGGGAACAAUUGGACGUGCCAUUUAUGACUGGGUUUGUGGAUAAUGAAGGUCCUGUUGUUCAAAAAGGUUUAAUUAAAGAUUGGUUUAGUAUAGUAAAUCUUCAAAAAGAUCUUAAUUUUAACACAGAAGUAGAAAAACAGAAAAUAACAGAGCAAAUAAAAGGGUUUUACUCCUUAAAUAAUUCUAUCGAAAAAGAAUUACAUGUAACAUUAGCUGGAGAUGUUAUGGUGCAUAUACCCACCUUAAGAGAAUCUCAUAUUCGUGCUGUAACUAGAACUACUCCAAUUUAUCUGUAUCAAUUCUCAUACAAGGGGAAUCUUGGAAAAGUUUUUGUAGAAGCUGACAAUACAAAAAAGGCAGUCCAUGGUCAGGAACUGGCGUAUCUAUUUUAUGAAAAUUCUUAUGAAGGCAGUGCAGCCUAUGACCUAGCCAUUGUAGACAUGCUAGUGGAGCGAUGGACAAAUUUCGCGAAAACUGGAACGCCUACAAGUGAAACGUCCAGUACUGAGUGGCAGCCUUUUACACAAAACAACAAAUUCUAUCUAAAGAUCCGGAAUGAGAAUGACAUACAGAAAUAUGAAGCUGGCUCUUUAGACAUUUUAUUAAAAGAUCCUUAUUCCAAAACUUUGGCAUUUUGGCAAGAUAUUUAUGAUAAAUAUUUCCUUGAUGCAAAAAGUAGGUGGGAUAUUAUACAUAGUGAUCAAGAUAAGGAUAGCAUUGAAGUAACUGACAACGAAAACAUAAAUAAUCAUACCGAAGGUGAAAGUUUUGCUGAUAUAUAUGAAAAUAUGGAUAAUUAUAUUAACGAUAAUAAAACUGAAAUUGAAUAUCAAUGUUUAAACUCUACCUCAACUGUAAUUGGAUUUACACUGGUAGUCGUCAGUUUAUUGUCAAUUGUCAACAACUUAGAAACAUCAGAAAUUAUGUUAUAA